AUGGGCAACAUCUCUCCGACUACCACCGCUGCUGGGUCCGGGUGGGUUAAGAAUGAGAUUGAUGAUGAAUCGUGCCAUGUGGAUGAACCUGGAUCGGGUUAUGAGAAAUAUGAUAAACCCAAAACCCGGAAAAUUACGAAGAAACGUUUUCGGAUCAAACCUAAGGAAAAGAGAAAAUGA